AUGAUGACGACGAUGGCCCAAACUGAUCUGGUGGAGGUGAUGAAUGAUGAUGCAUCGUCGUGUGAUUACCCUGCAAUCUUCAAUUUCGGGGAUUCAAAUUCGGACACAGGCGGGAUUGCGGCAGCAUUUUAUCAGCCGGUGGCUCCCUUCGGCGAGACAUACUUCCACCGGCCUGCCGGAAGAGCUUCCGACGGUCGUCUUAUCAUAGACUUCAUUGCUGACUACUUGGGGUUGCCGUAUCUGAGUCCGUACCUGGAUUCGGUGGGAAGCAAUUUCCAGCGUGGGGCGAACUUUGCGACUGGAGGAGCAACCAUUCGGCGGCUGAACGAAUCCUGGUUCCUGAGAGGACUCAGCCCUUUUCCUCUGGAAAUUCAGGUGGCCCAAUUUUCUCAAUUUAAGGAUCGAACCACAUCUUUCUACAAUCAAGGGAAUGUAACGUCGGAUGGAAUCAGUAGGCUUCCCAAGCCUGAAGAUUUCUCCAAGGCUCUUUACACGUUUGACAUUGGCCAAAAUGAUAUAUCUACUAGCACCCAAAUCACUAGCCCGGAUGAGGUUAACGCAACUUUGGCAGACAUAAUCAAUCGUUUUGGUACACAAAUCCGAGGGAUGUACUGGAAGGGAGCAAGGAUAUUCUGGAUACAUAACACAGGCCCCAUUGGCUGCCUGCCGCUCAUAACCAUCAAAGUUCGAAAUCCACAACCGGGGAUUCUUGAUGAGCAUGGAUGCAUCAACAACCUGAACAACAGAGCUAUCAUAUUCAAUUCAAUGCUCAAGAAUUUGGUGGUUCAGCUCAGGGCAAGCCUUCCGCAAGCUGCCAUAACCUAUGUAGACGUAUUCAGCGCUAAGUACGGAUUAAUUAGCAACGCAACCAAUUUAGGAUUUGAGGACCCUGGUAGUAUCUGCUGCGGGGUACAUGGAAACGGGGUGGAUGUCGGGUGUGGGAAUAAAGCUACGAUAAACGGGAGUGAAGUAUUCGGGGCUUCAUGCAGGAAGCCUUCAACAGUCAUCAGUUGGGACGGCGUGCAUUACACCGAGGCUGCAAAUCAAUGGGUUGCCACUCGUAUAAUUAAGGGUGCAUUUUCUGAUCCUCCAAUUCCUGUUUCAAGAGCCUGUCGUAGGCAAUCCUGA